GUUCAGAGUUACAAUAACCUAGGCUUAUUUCAUGAUGAGAGUAAGGAAGAUUUGUUCAUGCAGUGCUGAGACGUAUGAUCGUCUUUCACCGUGUGCAUGAACCAACUUGAGAACGAGUAACUCGAUUUUCCGUAAAUUUAAAAUUCCAGAAUUUUCAGAAAAAGUUGAAUAAUUUCAAUUUUAAUUGGCCACUGUUUCCAACACCUCGCGCUUACUGCAGCAUCAAGGAAUGAAUUUCAAUUCCAAAUUGUGCAGAAAUCCUGAAUGAGAAUGGAUCAUGUAGGAAUUUCUCUGCUUCGAUAGACUAACUAAGCAGUUCCUGUACUAAAGAGCCUGUGGAAGGUUGCUGCUGCAACAAGUACCGUGCCAACAGGUGUUUCUUGGAAGUCGUCCAAUAACCGUUGCCUUUCACCACUGCACUCAACAGUAGCGAAGUCGCAACUUGGAUUUAUGAGAAUUUGCGUUGGGUAAUCCAGGGACUGCGAUUGUUGUGACAGGAGGGCCGAGGACUGAAGCUCCACCACGCGAAGCAAGUGUCCUGGGGGCGGUGACGGUGGAGGAUGGACGGGGCAGCAGGGGAGCCUGCCGUGACGCCUCGGGGCCCGUGGCAGGGGCUGUGGCGUCCGGACCUUGUACGGGAUUCCACCUGGCGCUGAACGGGGCCACUGCAUGCUUCAGGGACGCCGUUUCUCGCCUCUGUGGGUCCAGCCGAGCGUCUCCUAACGAAGUUGCAUUGCCAGGGGGGGAGGCACCGUCCAGAAGAACAGCUGUGUCUGAAGGGGAGCCAGAAGCUGCCAUGUGCUCUCAGCAGACCGGCUCCGGACCCAGCCCUGGUAGUUCUUCGUCAUGUGAGGACAGCUGUAAACCGCCGCCCAAGAAUUGCUACCGGCUUGUGCUCCUCGGAUCUUCCAGGGUCGGCAAGACGUCCAUUGUUGCCAGAUUUCUUAACAACAAGUUUGAGGACUCUUACACUCCGACCAUUGAGGACUUCCACCGGAAACUUUACCGCAUUCGUAAUGAGGUCCAUCAGCUGGACAUUCUGGACACUUCCGGAAACCACCCAUUUCCCGCCAUGAGAAGAUUGUCUUUUCUUACUGGUGAUAUAUUCCUGUUAGUAUUCAGUAUGGACAGCCGGGAAUCGUUCGAAGAGGUAGUGCGUUUGCGCGAACAAAUUCUGGAAACCAAACUAAGCGCAUGCGCAUCAGCAAAUAGUUCUGGAAGCGGACGGAAGAAGGCGUCCUUGUCGAGAGUUCCUAUGGUCAUUGUUGGAAACAAGUGUGAUAAAGAUAUGAGGACUGUAUCUGUAGAUGAAGCCUCGGCAUACGUCGAGACACAAGACGACUGCUGUGUGUUCGUCGAGGCAUCAGCCAAACGCAACAUAAGAGUCGACGAACUUUUCUAUGAGCUCUUCGUAGUAGCUGGGCUCCCGUUGGAGAUGGCACCGAACCAUCACAAACGCCUGCACCCCAGCUUUGGCAGCCCGUACACGCUGCCCCCUCCCACACCGAGCCAUCGCUCCAAGAAGUGUACCAUCUCCAUCAAGCGACGUCUGAGCGACGCUUGUGGUGUUGUCGCGCCGAAUGUCAGACGUCCGAGCAUUCGAACUGAUCUCAUGAUCAUGCGUACCAAAACUUCGUUAGGCAGUGGCAUUGUUGGUGAUGGUGGAGGCUCCGGGGGGUUGGGUGGUGGUCGUGUUUUUGGGAGUCUUAGAGGAUUGGUAAGAGGCAGACGGAGAGGUCGUGCAGGGGCUAAUCUUGGCAUUGGGGUCUCCUCAGAUGACGAACAUAGAUGUGUCAUACAAUAACGGCUCUUUAUUUUUCACGUUCACGAAGAAGUUUUUGCAUGGCUGAAAGGGGUGCUGCUGGUAAGGACAAGUGUGUAUUAUACGAUUUCACACUUCCUACCCCGUCUUCACAGAUUAGGUCCUCUGGCAUGUUCCGCUUUGUAAUUAAUUCGAAAACAAUAAACUCCUUAACAUCUGGUAGUACUCUGUGUCCGGAGUAUAGGCCCAUCACAUACACCGGAUAACAUACGAUAGAAAUCCAUGUGAUUCCAGUCUUAAGCCAAAAUCGAUUUCUUACGUUCUGUUGAUCAUCUUUUAGUGCUUUAGUAACAGUAUAAAAGUUUUUAUUAAGUUUAUAUUCAUUCAGUUUGUUAUGUAUUAGGUCGGAUUCAGGGCGGAGCGGUUAUGUUAGCCGUGUUAGCAGUGUUAAUCCGGCUAACACUUGUAAAAAAUAAAAAAGCCUUGUGCCGUAUUUUCAUAGUUCAGCGGCACUUCACACAUUGAACACAACAGAAUCGAUCAAAUAAAAUGUAUCUUUAGGCAAUUCCAUCCAGCCAGGCGUUGUUAGCUAUCUAGUUGAGGUUUACGCUCGCUGCGAGUGUAAGUAUGGUAACAACAUCCUGGCUGGCUGGCUGGCUGGCUGGCUGAAGCUGGUGAAAUAUGCAUUUUAUCUUAUCGGUUCUGCUGUGAUCCAGUCUAUGGAAUGCCAAUGAACCAGGAAAGGAAGACAAGACUUUAUUUGUCUGUUUUUCAACACGGGAUAACACAGCUAACCUUAACAUAUACUUACCGCCUUUGGUCGAAAUUCUGUAGUUGCGUAAUGAGCCCAUCUCAAGUCUUCUAACUAUACAAGACAGAAUAUUAAAAAGAAGAAACUCAUUUACGCUUGGAAUCUAUUUUUCAAUACUAAUUUUCUUUGCAGUCCCAUUUUGUGUGGGAUCUUUCACAAUCUUCAAGAAAAUGAGAACUCUAGAAUUUUUAUAUGUCUAUAUAUAAAGGAAAAAUAUUUAAAUCACAUCAAAUACUGAUUAUCUUUGAGACUCAUUUAACUGAUUAUUCAUUUAAAUUAAACAUACAAAUUGUAGAAUGUCGGAAGAGUGUAAGCGUAUUGUUCUCUUUAUUUUGGCUUGUUCUGACUUAGGUCUGGGGCUGAGAUAUUAAAUCUUUUGCAUAUGCAAUAGGAUUCCUUGGGUAUAAAAUAAGAAAAUCGCAUCACAAUUUUGAAAAUAUUUUUCCUACUUGAAUAUCAAGUUCUCAUCCCAGUUUGUUGGCGCUGUAUGGGCGUGCACAUCUUGAAUUUUACCGAGACUGACUACAAGUUACUCAUAUUGUAAUCGUGUUAACAUGUGACCUGUUUUUUGUGUGUUGUCAGGAACUGCAUCUCAUCCCGUGAGAUUAUGCUUACACAAUAAAUAGAAGUAACUUUUGUUACUUGUUCGAAACAUUAAGUUUGGUGAUCAGUUGAGCCAUUUUGAAACAGACGUCCAACGUUUCACAGACUAUCUCAGCCUAUUGAACCUCUGAUGACUGAGAAAGAGACAGUGCUACAAAUGUUGGAUUUCUACUCUGAAUUGAUCGUCCGAGACGAGUUGAUCACGUCUGGCUGUCAUUAAGGCUUCAAGUCUCAUACUGAAUAGCAGUACUUGUUUAGAAUUAUUUGUACCUUUCGCCAUGAUGUAAAAAUCGUGAGUAUUUUUAUGUGAAGAACGUGAUGUGUUUUUUUUUUCAUUUUGUUAAUAAUUCUUAACAUGGUUACAUUUAUUUACAUAUUUUACUUAUUUUCCAUGUAUUUGAAAAAUAUUAGAGUAGAAAUAUAACCGUUGUUCGGUUAAAAUAAUACUCUCAAUUCAGCCAAAUUUAUGCACUACUUAAUUGAAUACCAUAAAAGGAGGUGUAAUACAAAAUAAAACAGCAGGAUAGAUAGGAAACAACUCUAUUUUAUUUCUAAACCACACAGUAAUGGAUCGUGAGAAAUAACGUACGUGGUUAUAUUUAUUAGUACUGAGGUAAAUCCAUCCCAUUACGCGCCAUGUAGGCGCGUAGGGGAGAGAAUUAUAGCUCCUAUUCAUUCUCAACCUCAGCACUAGAUUGGGGUUUUACUGUUAAUGAGAGGUUUCAUAAACCGAAGUAAUCAGAAGCAAGUGACAGCUUUUAGGUAAUUUUCUGUAUCCAUACAAGAAGGAAGGUUUCAUACUUUUCAAAUGUGAUAAACCAGCGUAAUCAAUUUUUAUUUCAAGCACUAUUUGUAAGAGUUAUUUCGUCAUAAUUUCAUUGUUUUUAUCUGUAAUGUUUGCAAAACUGAAUACAAAUUGAUGAAUGCUCUGAGGUACACUGCUGUUAAUCUGUUUGCACAGCAUAUGUACCUGUUAGGUAAAAACAGUGAUUUUUUACACUGUGAUUUUACUUUUAAUAUUAGUAUAUAAACAAGUAAGUAUUACAGGUUUAUAUUAAAUGAACACCACAUGUUAUGUAUGAAGCAAUACUCAUGUGUAAAUAUGAUUUUCUGAACAAUAAUCCAGGAUUUUGAAGCCAUUCUUAUCCACUUAAAAUCAAAAGAUGACAAUUUUGCUUAAUGCUGAUUAUUAAUCAAAACUAAAUGCAUAUUUUGCUUAUGUAACAGCAAAGUCUAGAAUAUAAAAUUAUAACAAAUAACAUAAUACUUGUAUUUAACAACUUUCUACUGUAGUUAGUUUUGUUUAUAUACAAUUGUAUUCUUUAAAGCUCGAUAUUCUGAAAAGGUCUCCAGUCUGUGUUCUGUCUACCGCAAAUAAACGUGAUAAAAUGUUCGUGUUUUGAAUGGCUGAGAGUGUCAUGCCUGUAAUUAAAUUAUAUUAAAGAAUUUUUUUAGUGUGUUAUUUAACCCUUGCCUGUGCUGAGAUUUUAGCUAACAGAAAAUAUGCUACAUUCGUAUGUAUAUUUCCAUGAUAAUAUAGGUAUUGUCGAGAAGACACAAAUGGCUGGAAGUACUAAACGUCUGUGAAAUAUAUCAAACAGGAUGUGGUUUACCGGAAGUCAAUAAAAUAAAAUAAUUAUUUUAAUAAAUUCUGGACAAGACUGAAUAUGCUUCAUACGAAAUGUAUGGAUUAUGCUAAAUACAUAAAAGUUGUAGUUUGUGUCUGCCGUUAUCCCAUAUAUGCAACCUUAACCAAUAUAAACAUCACUGUGAGUGAGAAGAUCAUGUUUAUAAAAUACGCUGUAACUUUCUCAUUCUUUUUAAACGUUGCAUAUUGAUUGUAUAAAUAUCUAUGAUUUUAAUAAAUAAAAUACAGAAUGAUCGAAAAAUCACGUAACCUAUUCCUGGCACAUGUUCUAUUUGUACACUUUCGUAGGAUAAUCCACUAUGAGGAGAAAUUUUUUCAGUGACUUUCGUUGAGGGCGUGACAAAUUUUGGGGGAUAUCGCCCAAACUAUCGUCAGUUGACAUUGAAAGUGACCGGAAUGGUUUUUGUCCUGCACGUUUCUUGUGUUAUGGAUACGGUUCGCCAGACGAGAUAUUAUCAAAUUUCGUUGACACAGGAGAAUCGGGAACUGUAUCCCGAAACUCAUUCUGGCAAAUUAAAAUAAGAACGAGAUGCCAGGAAGUGUCCGACACUGAACCCACGAUGCUACUGUGAAGAAGACAUUCUUGCACUUCGAUUGUUGAAAGGCAACUCACGGACUGUGUGGGCUGUUAUGUAAUCACAGAAUCGAAUCGAAUUGUACUGAAUUGCGACUACCAACAAAUAUUUUCAUGUGGGUUGCGUGUCUCUUCGAUUGUCCUGUAUGUACCCGUCUGAA